CAACUCUAGAGAAUACGGGUCCAUAACACUAACAAGUUGUACAAUGAUGCUCUACAUAAAUUCCAAUCAAACUAUUAUGCAAUACAAUUAUUUCUCUUUGUCUCUCACUUUCUCUCACUCAGACAAAUGGAUAUCUUAAUUUUUAGGUCUCACUAUAUUAAGACCUUGUAACUGUAAAAUAGUGCUAUCUAUUUUUCUAUACAUAGCACAAAGCAUUUAUUGCUGUUGCAACAUUUACAAACUUCAUAUCUUUUCUUGCAGUUAAACCAAAAUUUGAUAAACCAAUACUUGCAUUAUAUUUCUUGCAUCAUGGAUCUUCUAAAACCAGGGACAUAUCCAUCUGAAAAUUUGAACCUUCCAUGCUUAGAACCUUCUAUGGAUACUCAAACACAUAGAAAACACAAACACGACUCAUCUCCUCAUCUUGUACUUGAUCUAAGUCUCUCCAACAAGGAUUCAGGUGAUGACUACUCAACCCUUACUGAAAAAAUCAUUGGUCAGACUUUACCUACCUCUCGACCAAAUUUUAAGUCAUCAGAGUUCAUUUUCUCCGAAAACCAGAGGGUAAAAGACCAAAAAAAGGGUGAUGGUUACUCAAAUCAUGAACUCAACCUCCUCAAUUGUUUCCAUACAAAUUUAUCAGAAAGCUCAUCAGAAUCUAGUCAUGAAAAUGAACUUGAUCCAAGAGUUUUCUCAUGCAACUACUGUCAAAGAAAAUUUUAUAGCUCACAAGCACUUGGAGGACACCAAAAUGCACACAAGAGAGAAAGAACAUUAGCAAGAAGAGGCUAUAAAGCCGGUGCUUCAGGUUCGUCGGUUGAUUUGGGACAAAGGUAUACAACAACAAGCAUGGCUUCUUCUCUACCUUCUUAUGGAUUAUGUAACAAAUCACUUGGCAUUCAAGUGCAUUCUAUGAUUAACAAACCUUCUUUCCAAACACCCUUUUAUGGAUUUUGUUCAAAUGGAUGCCAAAGACAACAUUUUGAUACACAAUCAGCAAUUGGAAAAUUUCAUGUAAUGGCUGAAAAUGAACCAUCUUUGAGUAGUGAGAUUCAAAGGGUAGCCAUGUUUCCUAAAAGGUUUGUAAAUGAAGGAUUUGGAGGUUACUUAUUUGGUAGUAAUACUUCUCAUUUGAAGUCUAAACAAGAGAAUUUGCAGAAGCUUGAUUUGUCCCUUAAGCUCUAAGUAACAAAGUUUAUUUUCUCAUUGAGAAAAGAGCUUUCAAUUUUUAUUUAUUUUUUUUUCAUUUUUCAGUUCUUAUGUCCACAUGUAUCUCUUGUUCAACCAUGUCUAAAUGCAUUUUGGUUACUAAUUACCAGAGUUUAUUAUUUGUUU